GACGUAGGAUUUGAGGAAUUGGGAAAUACCCACUGAUGCAGAAAUAACCUUUGCCCUAGUAAUUCGAUGGGUGUUUACGUCAUUUGUUUGCUAUCUCGCGAGAUACAGAUAGUAUAAAGACUCUCAGGCGUGGAGCCACACCAGAAUCAACUUCGAAAGUAUUCACAACAACUUCAAGCAACUUCAAGCUGAGCAACAUUAUUGAUAUGGCGUCAGUGGCUAUCAUCAAUGACCAGAAUGUGGUGUCCAGGUUGACCAGUCUCCCCCUGGUUAGCUCUACUUACGACAUAAUGUCAAAAGUAUACUUGCAAACCAAGGACCAGAACACCUACCUCAAGACCGUGCUUGACGUUGCGGAGCUUGGCGUGAAAACCGUGACAUUGGUGGCAAUGAACAGCGCUCUACCAAUCAUAGACAUACUUGAUCCAAAACUUUCCAUUACAAAUGACCUUGCCUGUAAAGGACUGGACAGGAUUGAGAAGAACCUGCCAAUCCUACAACAGCCAUCUCAACAGAUUGUGUCCACAGCCAAGGAUGCUUUCAGCGGUGCCAAGGAGUCGGUGACUAACGCUGUGACUGGAAUGGUGGGCCGCGUUCAGGGUGGCGUUGAGCUGACCCGCGCUGCCGUCUCCGGGGGCGUCUCCACCGUGACGGAGAGCCGCGUGGUCCAGUUGGUGAGCAGCGGCGUGGAUUCAGUCCUCACCACCUCCGAGGGCCUGGUGGAACAGUACCUGCCCUCCACCAACCAGGAGAUUGAUAGUUCCAAAGCUGUGGAGUGUUCCGAGGAUGGAGAGGAGGCCAGCAGUUACUACGUGCGUCUAGGUACCCUGUCUGUGAAGCUGCGUCAGCGGGCCUACCAGAGGGCUGUUGCCAAGGUACAUGAGGCUCGGCAACAGAGUCAGGAGUCCAUCACCCAUCUCAAUCGUACCAUGGAUGUGAUUGAAUAUGCCAGAAAGAACAUCGAUGGUGCCCACCACAAGAUUCAGGAGAAACUCAGCUCCAUAAAGGAAUGGCGUUCAAAUGGACACACACCUCAGGAGUGUGAUGCAGCAAGUGUUGAGUCCCGUACGCUGGCCUUGGCCCGCGGGCUCUCCCACCAGCUGCAGACCACCUGCCAGGGGUUGGUGUCGGGUCUGCAGGGCCUCCCCCAGCACGUCCAAGACCAGGCGCUCACCAUCACCAACCUGGCCUCCGAGGUCUGCCGCAGCCUCAGCAAGGCGGUGGCGCUCGGGGACCUCUCCGACGGGGUGCUGUCCUCCAGCAGAGCGCAGCUGCACCGCCUCCGAGAGACGUUGGACACCACCAUGGACUACCUGGUGAACAACACGCCACUCAACUGGCUGGUUCCUGACUUGACAUUUUCGGAUCUUUCUUCGGAACCCGACAUGUCCUCUGUACAAGAAACUGAGACUCCUUCUCACUCCCCACGGAACAUGAGCAGUCAAGACCUCGCACAGAAAUAAAAUGUUAAACAUUCACAUCAUCGAAAUGGCAGGGGGAGUCUUGCAUUGCCUUCCAUGUUCUUCUGUCUAAUAAAUACAUCUUGGUGUA